UUUGCCUUGGCUUGGUUAGCGUAGCUCUGAAGUUUUAGCAUGCAGACUCCGAGCUGCAGUCCGGCUAACUGUGUGAAUAGGAGCAGAGGCUGAAACCCCGGAGAAGUUUUAGUUUAUGAACUUUUAGCUGUUCGAAGAUGUUUUCAUCUGUCUGGGAUUUUAUCAAACGACACAAGAAGAAAUUUAUUUUCACCGGAGCUGUGGUCGGAGGAGUUUACCUGCUCAGUAAAUAUGCCCAGAAGAAGAUCAAGGAGGUCCAGGAGAAGGAAGCGAGCGAGUACAUAGCCCAGGCCAGAAGGCAGUUCCACUUUGAGAGCAACCAGAGAACCUGCAACAUGACGGUUCUGUCGAUGCUUCCUCCGCUCAGAGAGGCCAUCGUCGUUCAGCUCAACUCUGAGAGUCUGACAGCAAUGCUGAAAACAAAACCGGCCAACAAGCUGGAGAUCUGGGAGGAUUUAAAGAUCAUCAGCUUCACCCGGACCAUCGUGGCCGUUUACAGCACCUGCAUGUUGGUGGUUCUCCUCAGGGUGCAGCUCAACAUCAUCGGGGGAUACCUGUACCUGGACAACUCUGUGGGGAAGAGCGCAGCGAGUCCUCUGACGCCUCCAGACGUCCAGCAGCAGUACCUGUCCAGCAUCCAGCAUCUCCUAGGAGACGGGCUGACGGAGCUGAUCUCCAGGGUGAAGACGGCAGUGCAGAGCUCCCUGGACGGGGUGUCUCUGAAGCAGAGUCUGUCCCUGCUGGAGCUGGAGCAGCAGCUGAUCUGGAUCCGAGCCGAGGUGGACUCUGGACGCCCGCUGUCCUCCUACAUGCUGGCGGGCGAUGAGGACGUCCUCGCCGACCAGGCGUGCGGCUUAACGGAGAACGACCUGGUGACCAUCAGACUGCUGAACGAGACAAGAGACAUGCUGGACAGUCCAGAUCUGAGCAAAGUUCUCAGCGCCUGUCUGAACCGCGGCUUCUCUCGUCUCCUUGACAACCUGGCCGAGUUCUUCCGGCUUCCUGUCAGUGACUCCGGCCCCAACUGCGCCCCCGACAGCCUGUCUGUGGUCAGCCUGCCGCUGGCCAAGAUCAUCCCCAUCAUCAACGGUCAGAUCAACUUCGUCUGUAGUGAGACUCCCAGCCACUUUGUUCAGGACCUGCUGCUGAACGACCAGGUGAAGGAGUUUGCCGCCAUCGUGUACGAGACGUUCAGCACGCCGCAGGAGCUGCAGAAGUGAGGAAGAGGAGGAAACGAGUCGGUGAUGAAGACGCCGGUCCCUCCUCGUCUGACGCCUCUGCAGCGUCCAGCCGGACAUUCCUGCCCUCUCUGCUGGAGGACACUGAGGCUGCUGGGAGCAGUGCAUCCUGGGAAGUGGAGUCUUUUAGCUGCUGCAGCGUUCACAGCUGAUGAAUCUCCCACGCCGGACUCUUCUGGGAUGAUUUUAGGUUGUUUCUGGGUUGUUGUGCGUCUGUUAUGGAUCCAGAUGUUGCUGCUGAAAGUUUUAGACCUUCUGAAGAUUAAAACAUUUAAUAAAACAUCUAAAUUAAACAUGGAAA